CUUUCACCCUCGCCACCAUCUAACUCUGCAUCGACGAUGUCCCCACCCCACCUAAGCAGGUUCGAGCCGCCUAACCCGGACGACCUUGGUGGCAUCUAUGCCAAUGUCAAUGGCGCCCCCGUGCCAAAUCCAUCGGCCUAUCAACGUAUUGGGCCGUCGGGUCCUGUUUUAUUGCAGGAUACUCACUUGAUUGAACUCUUGUCCCAUUUCAAUCGGGAGAGGAUCCCAGAGAGGACUGUCCACUCCAAGGGCUCAGGUGCCCACGGUGUAUUCAGGUGCUCCAAGAGCAUCAGCGACAUUAGUAUGGCCAAGAUCUUUGGCACUGUGGGCAAAGAGUGUCCUUUGACCGUAAGAUUCUCCACCGUCGGUGGAGAGGCCGGAAGUUCCGACCUUGCUCGCAGCCCUCGCGGAUUUUCCAUUAAGCUCAAAACAGAAGAGGGUAAUCUCGACUGGGUGUUCCUCAAUUCCCCGGUGUUCUUCAUUCGAGAUCCACCCAAGUUUGUCUAUAUCAACCACGUCACCAAACGUGAUCCAAUGACCAACCUCACCAUCGAUGACGACUCGACUAUGCUUUGGGAUUUCUUUGGUCAGAAUCCUGAGACCAAUCAUCAAGUCGUUCACCUCUUUGGAGACAGAGGAAUCCCGCAAGGAUGGCGUCACAUGAACGGGUACAGCUGCCAUACGUACAAAUUCUACACCGCAGAUGGCCGAUGGCGAUACGUUCAGAUCCACAUGAAGUCCAAGCAGGGUGUCAAGACGUUCACGAGCCAAGAAGCUGCCUCUCUCUCUCCCGACUGGGCGCAGAAUGAUUUGUUCCAAGCCAUCAGUCGUGGCGACUUUCCAAAGUGGGAAAUUGGCUACCAGUCGAUGACCCAAGAGGAGGCCCUUUCAUCUGGUAUCAACGUCUUUGAUAUGACUAAGACAUGGCCGCACGCUAAAUAUCCUAUCACCUGGUUCGGAGAGAUGGAGCUGAACAAGAAUGCCACCAAUUACUUCGCCGAAGUCGAGCAGGCGGCAUUCGCGCCUUCAAAUUUGAUCAGCGGAUGGGCACCUUCGGCUGAUCCUGUGCUUCAAGCCAGGCUCUUCGGCUACCCUGAUGCAGCUCGGUACCGCCUCGGCGUAAACUGGCAACAAAUUCCCGUCAAUAGGCCUAUGGUGCCCUACGGCUUCGACAAUUUCCACCGUGAUGGCGCUGGAGUCAUGGACGAUCAGGGAGCCCGACCCAACUACCCUGGUGACGUUGCUCCGCUGACUUACGCCGCCCCUCCGGCCGAUUUCAGCAAAAUCUACAGCGACUACACCGGAAGCGCUGUAAAUGCCAUUUCGACAGUGACAUCUGAUGACUUCAAGGAGGCACGCAAUCUCUACAGGAACAUCAUGCAGCCCGACGCCCGCGAACGACUCGUCAACAAUGUUGCUUCGAGCAUGAAAAAGGUCAGGAAGAGGGAGCAAGAGAAGGUCUGGACCAAGGCCAUGGCUGUAUGGAAGCAGGUCGAUGACGAGCUCGCCCAGAAGAUUCUGAAACAGCUUGCUUAACGCUUGAGACAGACUGUGAACCAAUGUUGCAAUUGAUGUAUAGUUGAAUGCCAUUUUGGCGAGCCAUUGAAGUUGCUGUAAAAGCCUUAGCC